AUGGAGAUUAUGGAAGAUGGAAACUUGGUAGAUAGAGUGAGGAUUCUUCUGCAACGCGACAUGCAAUACUAUCAGGAAAUGCAGACGGUGCUACGAGAGCCCUUAUGCGUACGAGUGAGCGGUGGGAAAUUCGACUUUCCUCGUCACGCCUCAUUUGCUGCAAUAAAAAUCGUCACCUGGUGGGAAGCCGAAUUCCUAGCAACAUUUAAAAGACCUUCCGGCUUAAGUUCUACCAGCCAGCAUAAAACCGAAAGUGCCGAUGACGGUGCGGUUGUUAAAAAAAUCCAGCCGAAUGAUUUCAUUUUGCUAGUUAUUGAGACUUCCGAACAGCUUAUAGAGCACCUGCACACUCUAAUCCAAGAAUCCUUGGAUCAUGCGGACCUUACAGUGCUUACGGCGACGCUUGGAGCUGCUGCGCUUAUCCGUAAUUGCCUCUGGUGUUACAAUCAACGAACCAAAAACUCUAUAUCCGAGCAAGCAAGCGUGAAGUUGUUCAACUGUUACAAGUCCUACAAUGAAAUGGCCGAGGCUGUCGCGGAGAGACUUUUAGAUCUUCAUUGCCGGCUCAUAUCACUGUAUAUCUUGAACGAGGCCGAUUCGUUAAACUGGCAGAGCGAUCGAUCGUUCUUCGAGAGAGAGAGAUGCUCUUACGUCAUUCAGAUGUGGUGGCUUUAUAUGCAAGGAACGAAAACGGAUCUGUGGAACACGGUGUCCCCGAAAAUGGCACAGCGCGUAUUUUCGGGUAUGCUCAACGAAUCUCUCUCCAUCAUUGUCGCCCGUUUCAUCCACGGUCGACCAAGUUUAGCACGUUCCAUGCAAUUCUGGGCUGACGCCUUUAACGUGUUAUCCUGCACGGCGUAUUUAGCUUUGGGGGUGUGCACCUCCGGUGACGAGAUGAUUGGAUAUAACAGCGAUGGACUUUCGACUUACGUACGCGAUAUUCAUGCCAAGUGCAAUGAACUUCUGAUUUGUCUAUUACUCCGUGGUGCUCCGCUCAAGACUUUGUUCCAGGUCUUCCGCAAAGGGUUGGAUAAUUUAACCAUAUCGAAGUCUCGUCAUGGACCAGCUCCUUGGCUAUACAUUUGCGCGCCUAAUUUGAUUGGCGUAACCGACAUGAAAUCCAAAGGUUUUCAAGAUUUGAAUGAAGAUCAAGCUGUGAUACUCGAAUUAAACGUAUUAAAAUCACAACCGCAACCCAAUUGGAUUCAAUUAAUGAAAGUGCUGUCAAUGAAUGACUACAAAGUGGCAAUGAAACUGUUGAGUAUUCUCGUUCGUCAAUGUAUCGGCUGCACGAACCAAGGCGAGUCCCGACCAAUGAAUUCUGUGUCAACAAUGGACGAGAAUAAAGAAGAUCCGGACAAAUGCGGCGGCUUCCUUUGUCCGGGCAAAUCAUGCAAACGCACAUUAAUUAUCAGCCCAGCCAUGGGAUUGUAUGGACUUAUGUACAUUCUCGCGAGUGGUGCUUGUGACCCUCAACGCAUUGUUAUUCCAGCACUCAAACAAGAUCCCACAUGGUCGACCUAUCUCGAUAGGCAACAGGUUUGGAAUCAAGCUAAGCCACCGUGGCUCAACGCGCUUCUUGCUAUUUUACGCCCUGUCAUGACGCCAAUCGUGAACACGCUCCUGGAAGCGAUGAAGACAGGGGCGAGCAUUUACCAAACGAUGUCUCUGGUGUUGUGCUCUAUUGACGAAUUACACAACUGCAUGCCCCUUGGCGUAUUGCAGAUAGCAUUGGCCAUGGACGAGAAUGUACCGGCUCACUGCCGACCAAUUGGUGGUUCAGUAAUUUUACAGGUGAUAUGUUCGACGUUAUACUCGGCAUUACUCGACGAAGCCACCUCUUUAGACAGUGCGGCACUGCAGCAGCGAAAUUUACGCGCCGGAGUCCGAAUCCAAGAGCCGGAGAUAAGCACGAUCGACACGCAAAACAAAUCAGCCUCGGCUAUUGCGCUGUCCGAAGCGUUGUGUAGCAUCGACGAGGACAACAAACAUACGGCUCAAAUCGAUGAUCUACUAGCUGCGAUACGCGACAGUAUCAACAGACGCUGUGCUACGAACAAUAUCGAAGGUGUGGAGGAUGUUACUUCGAUCAUCGAGAUGUAUACCGACCGACUGGCUUUUACUGAUAUUGGACGCCAUUCGCUCAAGAUCGUGUACGAAUAUAUCUUGCGUAGCUCGAAUGCACUUCUACGCAUACUAAGCCACGGCAGUAAAGAUGUUGCAGACUCGCAUGUCCUCGUAUUCUACCCCACUCCAGUCAAACCUCUGACUUAUACCAUGUUUCAUAUUGGCGAGACUCCAUUCGAUCGUCUACUCAUGGAUUACAAUGGAGCUAAUUGGGAACAGAUAUUUGAAAUUCCAUUAUCCGUGACGAGUCAACGAGUUCGUGCGCAGGUGUUAUCAAGGCCUGAACUUAUUAACAUUUUGCAGUUGGAACAAGACGAGCGCGAAGCUGCAAACUUUGUCAAACAGCUCUGUACUACUGGCGUACUUACAAGGCGCAAUUGAAGUUUUUCGUUGUCGCUCGCGAAAAUCUUAAAUUGUUAUUUUGUUUGUAAUAGCUUUCUAAAGUGAUCAUGAUGAUCAAGCGUAGAAACAAAGGUGAAACGGGAAAAAUCAAGUAAAUAUUAAUAUUACAGCAAAAUCAUGGCUAAGCAUUUAUUAUUAUAAAAAAGAAUGAUGUAUACUUGAUUGAAUAAAUGAUGAUAAUUAAA